AUGCUUAUCGUCGGAAUGUUUUCUGUAGUGGCUACGGCCGCUUGGGCUGUUUUGGGAUACGUAGAAGCGACCGUUCAUGAUGGUCCUCCCACUGAUUCUGAUAACAUGGCGUAUUGGUCGAUGAUUACAUUCAUGUCAAUGAGUUUUUACUACCUUUUCUGGAAUAUACUCGCACUGAUAGGUUUUGGUGUGGCGGAGUGCUUCAGUAUCAGGAGGACGCAGGAAGCGAGAUACCACCCUUUGCAGCCUGUAUAA